AUGGCGCUUUCAGAGUUUGAGAGAAAGAGACAAGAAAAUAUCAAACGGAAUCAGGAAUUGCUUUCAAAACUCAAUUUGGACUCUAUAUCCAACAAUAUAUCCAAAGAAAUUGAAAGAUCGUCUGCUUCUCCACAGCCUCAGAAAAAUAAGAAACGUGCUUUACGAUCUGUUUUAGGUCGUGUUGCGAAGAAAGAGGAAAAAGCAAAAAAAGUCGUUGAGCCAGCUAGGCGAUCGCGUCGUAUUGCAGGAAUUCAAUCUGAACAGGAUAAUCCUGAAGAAUAUGCCAAACAUAGAGCUGAAGAAGAAGCUAGGGAACGUCGGAAACGUGAGUAUGAGGAAUUGAAACGGACAAAACUAUUUGGAGACUUUAACCUCAUAGAUUUGGUUACUGAUAAGAAACAUGGUGAGAUGGUUUUUGAAAGUAAAGUACGCAACAACAGCAACGGCAACAACAGCAACAAUAGCACCGAGAAUGGUAGCAAUAAAAGUGAUGAUGGUGAUAAUGACAAAGUAAAGAUUGAAAGUGAUGAAAAUCGCAAAAAUGAAGAUGUCGAUGUUGAUAAUUUGGUUCACGAAAAUAAUGAAGUCUUGAAAUUAAUGCAAUCGCUUGGUGACAGGUUUUCUGCUGGCGAUUUUUAUGAACAAAUCAAAAGGAAUGCACCUAGUGGCGAUAAGUCUGUGGAUGCGAAAAGAAAAGAAUUCGAUUCCAAAACCAUAUUUCCCAAAUACGAUCCGUUGCAAAUCGGUAUUACACAUAAACGUAUCACUGCAAUCAAUUUUCAUCCUGCCGUUGAGGAUAGAAUUGUCGCUGCAGGAGACACCAAUGGAAAUUUGGGACUCUGGGCUCCAGACUCGUCAUCAUCGUCUGAUGAUGCAGAGCCAUCCAUCACUAUAUUACGCCCACAUGGAAAAAAUAUUUCCAAGAUAGUAACCCCUCGAAAUCACCUUGAAAAGCUUUAUUCUACUUCGUAUGAUGGUAGUGUGAGGUCGCUUGAUUUGAACAAAUUAUCCUCAUCUGAGGUGGUUUCACUAAAUGAUAGUUAUGGAUCGGAUUAUGGUAUAUCGGAUAUGAAUAUUUCCAGUGAGAAUCCCAACUUGCUUUAUUUAAGUACUCUAGAAGGUGUGUUUACAAGGAUUGAUAUUCGUGAAAAACCAAGAGAUCCAGAAUAUUUGCGAUUACAUGAUAAGAAAAUUGGGGGAUUUGCAAUCAACCCACAAGCUCUGUACCAAAUAGCCACGUCUUCAUUAGACCGAUCAAUGAGGAUAUGGGAUUUGCGUAAAGUCAAUUCGCUGAUAUAUUCAGAGUAUGAAGAUCAAAGAAGCCCUCACAUGUAUGGUAACUAUACGUCUCGACUCUCUAUUUCAACAGUAGGUUGGAACUCUGAGAACCGGUUAGUUUGCAAUGGCUAUGAUGAUCAGAUCUGUAUCUUUAAUUACAACAAAUCACCAGAAAUUACUCUGUGGAGUGACGACUUUAUGCCUGAUUACAAAAGAACUUCUCGCAAGCAAUCUGCAAACGAAGACGAGAUAGUACUACCAAAUAACCUUCUCCCAGUAAAUAAAAUAAAACACAAUUGUCAAACGGGACGAUGGGUGUCGAUAUUGAAAGCAAGGUGGCAAGAAGACCCGCAAGAUGGCGUUCAAAAAUUCAUCAUUGGUAAUAUGAAACGUGGAAUGGAUGUUUUCGAUCAAGAAGGGAACAUCCUCGGACAUUUAAACGACAACAUGGGAGCUGUGCCUGCAGUUUGUAGUUUGCACCCUACUCAAAACUGGGCAGUAGGUGGAAGUGCAAGCGGAAAAAUAUACCUCAUAGAAUAG